AUGUUUGCAGAAGCUUUGGGAGAAGACGAUGAAUAUGUACGACUUCAAAAAAUAAGUUUGGGAAUUAAGGAAGUUUCUUUGAACUUGAGAAACAUGUAAAUAAUCACAGAUCAUAACAUCUUAAAAUCAAUGAUUUGUUCUUAUCCUUUCUAAUAGGCAAGCAUUGAAUUACUGAUAUCAGCUUUCUUUGAUUAUUUUAAACAUAAGUUAUUCCUUUUCGCUUUUUAUAGAGCACUUUAGGAUGUAAGUGAACUCUAAGAAUACAGAGAAUUUUUAGGCAAUAGGAGUACUAGAAGCCUAAAGAUGACAUUUAAGUAUAUAAAGAUAUAUAUGCAUAGCGGAAAUGUUAAUAAGAUUAUUGAAGAAUAAUAAAAAUAGGGGUCCACACCAUUUUCAAAAUAAGUCAUAGAGAAAUUGUUAAUAGCUAAAAGAUUCGCUUGUUCUUACUUGAAGAGAUUCUUUUUAUUGGCAAUUCAACUCAAUGUGGAUUUGGAAGAAAUGUCAAUAAUUUUUAAACAGUUCAUUACACAUACUCGAUGCCAAAAAUUUCAGUAAUAAUUGAUUGAUCAGUUCUUCGAUUGUAAAUAGAGUAUAUUUUAUGAAUUUCCAUGGAAGAACAAAUAUGAUUACGAAUUAGACGAUUUUUGCAAUAGAUGGACUAUUGAGAUUGCUCCUAAGUGGAUUUUAGACAGAAAAAAGUCUAUGUCUUCAUUCAACUACAUUGGAACCGAAAAACAAAUCAAAACUGAGUAGGAUGAUGAAUAUAUAACACCAGCCAGUAAAGUAGAAUCAGUUUCUGAUUAUGUUGAAAUUAUGCAAAAGAUAAUCUGCAAACCUAUAGAAAUGGUUACUCAACAUGAUCAACUCCAGCUACAUAAUAACGACAACAUAGAGAUACUAAUUAAAUUUAUAAUCAAUCCUCUAGAAACAGAACUUAUAGAUGAUUGGGGUCUAUUAUUUUAGAAAAAGGAUAUAGAUAGCAAUGAUUACAAAACUACAUUUAAAUCUAGUACUAUACCCAUGGAUUAUUUGAACACAGUGAGAUCCUUCAAAAGUCUUCAGUUUUUGACUUAAAAAGUAAAUCACUCUAGAUUUUAUCUGACAAUUCAAGAUAUGACUCCCAAAAUAUUUGAAUAAAUUAUAGAGAGCCUCAACAAUCAAUCAAUUCAAUUGAAUUUAAAUCAUUUAGCUAUUUUAAUUGAUCAAUUAUUGCUUAUUUGUCCAAAAGCUAGUGUAUUGAAGAUCAUCGAAUUAGAUUUCCUAUUCUUGUUUUUAUAAUAUUCAAGUAACCCAUUUAUUGAAUCUUUGAUAAUUGAUAUUUUAGACUUAACUGUUGAUAAAUAUAAACUUGGUUUUUUUAUUUAAAAAUAGAUUUGGUAAUACAUUUUGGAAACUAAAUGGAUAGAAUAUUUAAGUAAUGCAAUAUUCCAAUAAAAUUACUCUAUUGCCAAUUUAAAGUUUCCUGUAACAGAGAAGGAUGAGGAAAAAUAGCAAAUACUCAACUUUCUAUCAAAAUUCAAAGAUGUUCAAAAACCUAUUGAAAUUGUGAAAAUCAGUACAUUAGAUGAAUUUAUUGGACCUUUAGGAGGAUCAGCCAAUUCACAAAAUUUAGAAGAACAUAUCCAAUAUCCUGAAAAUAUAUCUUAUGCUUAAUUAUUAGAAAACGAUGUAGACGCCAUAAGAGCAUAUUUAGAUGAAAGAAGAGUGCAUAAGUCUAUUAAUUAUAGUAGAAAGUAAAGUACGAAAGCAGAAUCUUAGAUGACAACUCAUCGUACACCGACUGUUUCACAUAGUCGUAACAUAAGUCUCAAUGUACCCACUCUCCCAUCGAUUAAUACUCCAAAAUCAGUGUCUAAUAAAUAGAGUGAAUUAUAAUUUGCAUUUAAUGACUCCAAAUCAAAAAGGGGAAGUGUUGAGAAAUUGGAAAAACAUGAGAAAUCUGUCAGUUCUAAAACAUCAUUAUGGGCUUAAAAUCUUUAAUAGACUUCCAGGUCUUCAUUGUCAUCAGAGACUGGAUUUUCAAGUAGUAAACUUAUAAUGCUGUACCCUUCAGGUAAUCAAAAAGCAAAUCCAAGUUAAUUUGAAAUACAUUCAUCUGAAUUUUAUUUUAAUGCAAAUACUUUUGAACAUCUCAUAAACUUAUUAGAAAAAAUAGUUAAUGUGAUUGCCAUUCAUUAGAUGAGAAACUUAGACAAUGGAGAACACUUUUGUAAUUUGGUUUUAAAUUAAGAAUUAGUGCUUUCUUUAUUUAAAUUUUAUUUAUAUGAAAUACAUAUGAAGAAAGAUGUAAGUUUCCAAUGUGGUAAAAUAAUAAAUUCAAUAUACUAUCUUGCUAAAAGGUAUGGAAAUGCUGAAUAAUAAGAAUUUUUAAGGGAGAUUUUCUAUUCAACAAUAGAAUAUCUGAAUAAAAUCAUCAUUAACUUAAAUAGGUAAAAUUUAGAUUUGAGUUUUACUUCUCAAUUUAUUUUGUUUUAAACAAUCAACAAUGGAUUUGCCAUAUUUGAACCUUAUGAUGCAACAAAAUUAAAUAGAAAUAUCUACAAGUUCUUAAGUGAAACAACCAUCCAUUUAUACAUUAUUUUUUUCUUUAAGAGCAAACAAAAUUCUCUAUAUCAAUAUCAGUUUGUCGAAUUUAUAAAUAUGAUAUUUGAAAAGGCUCCCACUUACUUACUUUAAAAUAUCUUAUUUAAUGUUGGAUUAAUUAGUUCCCUCUAUAAUGCUUAUACAACUUUCUAUGCAAACGGCUUUAAGAGCUCACAGCUACAAUGA